AUCCAGGCCCAGCCAAACCAUCCCGGCCGCGGCCAGUAGAUGCUGCCACUUCUAUCUGUCACUCUGUCUCCAUCCACCCUCCCGCAGACAGCGAGCGAGCGAGCAGGAGCAGUGCGGUGCUUGCUGAUGGCUAGACCAGCCUCGCUGCUGCUUCUCGCGGCCGCGUGCCUAGUGGUGGCGGCCGCCUCCGCCGGCGGCGGCGAUGCGGCCGCGGGGAGGAAGACGGUCGGCGUGUACGAGCUCAAGAAGGGGGAUUUCUCCAUCAGGGUCACCAACUGGGGAGCCACCAUCAUGUCCGUCGUGCUUCCUGACUCCAGAGGGAAAUUGGGUGAUGUCGUCCUUGGAUAUGACACCAUCGCUGAAUAUGUUAAUGGUUCUAAUUACUUUGGAGCGCUUGUCGGACGAGUAGCAAACAGAAUUGCCAAGGCGCGGUUCGUGCUCGAUGGAAAAACCUACCAUUUGUAUGCUAAUGAUGGCAACAACACACUUCACGGUGGACACAGGGGUUUCAGCAAGGUUAUAUGGACAGUGAAGGAGCAUAAUGGUGGUGGCGACUCACCAUACAUCACACUGUACUACCAUAGCUUUGACGGAGAACAAGGAUUCCCAGGGGCCGUCGACGUGUACGUGACGUACCAGCUGUCCAGCCCGUACGUGCUAAGCGUGCGCAUGAACGCGACGGCGCGGGGCAGGGCGACGCCGGUGAACCUGGCGCAGCACUCGUACUGGAACCUCGGCGGCGCCGGCAGCGGCGACAUCCUGGGCAACACGGUGCAGCUCUUCGCGUCGCGGUACACCCCCGUGGACGCCGAGCUCAUCCCGACGGGCCAGGUCGCGCCCGUCGCCGGCACGCCCUACGACCUCCGCGCGCCGACGCCCGUGGGCGCGCGCGUCCACCGGGUGACCGGCGGCGCCAAGAACGGCACCACCAUCUACGGCUUCGACAUCAACUACGCCGUGGACGGCGACGCGCACGCGCUGCGGCGGGUGGCCGUCGUCCGGGACGGCGCGUCCGGGCGGGCGAUGGAGCUGUGGGCGAACCAGCCCGGGGUGCAGUUCUACACCGGCAACCUCCUCACGGCCGGCGGCAAGGGCAAGGGCGGCAAGGUGUACGGGCAGUACGGCGCGCUGUGCCUGGAGACGCAGGGGUUCCCCGACGCCGUGAACCGCCCCAGCUUCCCGUCGGUGAUCGUGAGGCCCGGGCAGGUGUACAAUCACGACAUGGUGUACAAGUUCUCGUUCUAGCUAUCGUACGUAGGCGACCUUUCGCUCAGUUGGUCAUCGAUCGAUCACCUGAUCUCCCGUAAGCUGUAACAUUGGUGUCGGUCGGUGCAAUAAUGGUAGUGCCUUGAUUUGCAAUAAGACGGAGGGGGAAGAAAAAGACAAGUUCUUGGUGCACAAUUCAGUCUGGUAUAGAAGCUGCGGUAACAAAUUCAGUGUUGGGAUGA